CCCCCCCCCUCUCUCUCUCACACACACACACACACACGCACACUCACACAAACCACCUCCCGCACACCGUUCACGAUGGACCAAGUACAACACCUCGUCCUCGACCCCCUCAAACCGUACCUGGUCCCCGUCACGUCGAGCCUCCCGGCGCCCGUCAACGACCUCGCGCUCAACCUCCUGGGCGAAGCCUGCCACAGCGCGUUGUUGCUCGACCUCGACGUCACCUCUCACCCGGAAUGUGUGUCUCUCGCCAUCUCCAAGGCUCUGGGGAUCGGCAUCAUCGCCGCGGCCUCGAUCGUGAAGGUCCCCCAGAUCAUCAAGUUGGUCAGGUCGCAGUCUUCCGAGGGACUGUCGUUUACGAGUUACUUGCUGGAGACGGCGAGUUUCGUCAUCACCCUGGCCUACAACAUGCGCAACGGGUUCCCCUUCAGCACCUACGGCGAGACGAGCCUGAUCGCGGUCCAAGACGUGGUCAUUAGCGUCUUGAUUUUGGUCUACUCUAAAAGGACGGCGCAGGCGGGUGCAUUCUUGGUGGCGGUGGGGAGCGCCGUCUACGCCCUCAUGGUCUCGGACACGUUGGUCAGCGACGCGCAGAUGACGAACCUCCAGGCCGGAGCGGGAGGUUUGAGCAUCGCCAGCAAACUCCCCCAGAUCCUCACCAUCUGGCAACAGGGCGGGACCGGUCAGUUGUCGGCCUUUGCCGUCUUCAACUACCUCUUUGGCAGCCUGAGUCGCAUCUACACCACCCUGCAGGAGGUGGACGACAAACUCAUCCUCUACGGGUUCGUCGCCGGGUUCGCCCUCAACGCCAUCCUCGCCGCCCAGGUCUUGUACUACUGGAACAGUCCGACCACGGCCGGUCACGGUAAAGAAGUCGACACCACCACCACCAACGCCACAAACUCCAACACGCCCAAAAAGUUACAGGGUGUCGGACAAAAGGGGACAAAGGCGGCGUUGGCCACCGAGGAGGCUUUGAAAACAAACGCCCGUAACGUCAAGAAUUCUUCCCCAUCGACCUCGCCGAGACCAGGCAGCAGCAGUGGAAGACGUAGAGGAUAAGUUUGAAAUAUGUCUGGUUUCCCAAAAUUUAUUGUAGUCUUCGUUACGUCUCUAUAGUCAAGGAACUUUUCUGCCUUGCAGGUUGGUUGCACUUUGGAGCAGACGCUCGAAUCAUUUUUGACGGCAUAUGUUUUACGCAUACCUCACAAACAAAUACUGUAUAAAAUCGAAUCAGAGUCCAAAACUCAAUGAUAUUAUUAU